GUUAUUAUUCUUAAGGGUGUUGACUAAUUCGAUUGCUCAUUUUCCAGGGUCACCAACAAUCUCAAUUCAACACUUCGCGAAUAUACACCGUUCGUACCUUUAGUUUUCAAAUCCUGUUCAUAUUCUGAUAUUUCAAUCUCUAUCAAAUCUUCACCAUGUCAACUCAAGUCAAAACAUGUUCUAAAACCAAACUUUCCAGCUCUCCUGAGUCCUCUCAUGAGAGUUGUGGCGCAGUUGAUGCGAUUGAUACAGAAAUGAUUUCACCGCUAACCUCGAUCGAUAAUAACAGUGCCCGUAGUCUUACUCCUGACAAGAUGGAUGCUUUUCAUUCAGCUCGCGAGCGUGAGGAACGUAUCCGUAGAAACGGAACAGUACCCAGCCAAAACCCUACUCAGAACAUAGGUAUGAACAACAUGAACAACAUGAACAUGAAUAACAUGAACGGCAACGGCAACGGUAACGGCAAUGGCAACGGCUGGCGCCGCCCAUCUGUCUCCGACUCUGCCCAUCUAUCCCCAGAAGGCUUCACUCCAUUGACCAUGGUUCGCCCCGGUCCUGUUUAUCCUCUUCCUGAACAAAUUAGCUCUGCAUUUGCUUAUGGCAUUCGCCGAGCUGAUGGCUCUUACACACGACUUCUUCCAGCUGAUGAGCUUCCUGCUCUUAAUGGAAUUCCUCGCCACCAAGGUCCAGAAGGACUCAUCAUUGUUCCAGAGCUCCAACAUGGCUCACCAAAGCCAGAGUUUGCUACUCCUAUGAUUCCGAAUAAGGUCGUAGCAAAGCUUCCACCGCUUGGCCCACCGAUGUUUGGACUCAAUCAGCAAGGCGAUUUCCGUCGACCAGGAGAUCAAACUCAGUUGGCGAUCGACUCUAUUGUUGCCUCAUCUUCUGGUACCACUACGAGUGUUUCUUCAGCAAACAAUGCGAUGAUUCCUAUGGGUGGUCCGUUCCGCCGAGAGAAGAUCUACUGCGAUAAAUGGGUCCACGAAGGUACUUGCGCCUUUACUCAGGUUGGCUGUAAAUACAAGCACGAAAUGCCGAUGGAUAAGGCCACACAAGUUUCUCUUGGUCUUAACCAUGGAGUUCCAAACUGGUAUCGUCGUCAACAUGGCCUAUCUGUCUCUCCGCAGACUGGAACAAAUGUUCAAAUUGAAGCACCUUGUGCAACUCCAACUCCAACUGGUGGAACAUCCCGUACGUCUCAAUCUUGGCGCCGCAAAGAAGGCACGUUUUUCUCCCUCCCGACCUCAGCUCAAGGUGUUGCGAAUGGUCGCGAUCGUGGUAACUCUGGUGGCUCAUUCGGUCCCAUCGGUCCUCCUCACACACGUCGUCUUACAAACUCUUCCUCUGGUGAUCAAAUGAAUAGAAAUAACCUUUCUAUCCCAGAGAAUGGCGAUGAGCAUAACAACGACAUCAAUAUGCAGUGGACCGGAAGAUCUCGUGGAUAUACUAACGGCAACGAACAAAACCGUCGUCAACAAUAAGCUGACUUGCCAAAUCUUACGCUCCAUCGAUAUAGAUAUCUAUCUCGGUAUCAUUUGUUCAAAAUUGCUACUUCUAUAUCUCACUUUCCUCGACAUCGGUUCUUUAGGCUAUACUCUUUCUCGCUAAAUACGAUUUGGUUGAUCAUAGUUUCAAAUUCAGGGUCAAUGGCUUCACCAACUAGAUGAAGUGCUGAUUGUGAUACAUGGACUCGGAGACCUGGGAUAAACAAAACUUCUUACUUGCUACUAUAUCUGGGGUUAUAACGUUUGGUUUCACUUUUCUUUGUGGAAUGCUUAUUUUCUUUGGCUACACUAAAUUGCUUAGUAUUUCAUCAUAACAGCAUGGCUUGCGUAUUCGUUUCUACUUUCGAGUUUUGCAUUUACACAAAUGGUUAUGGAGAAAUUAUAUGCCCCGGUGGUGUAUAAUGACAUGAAUAUGAAUGGAUGAAUGGGGUGGAUGAUAUGAGAAUUAUGAUGAUAACGAUUGGGAACGAUUGUUUUAUGGUAAACAUAUCAGAGAAUGGUCAUGAAAAGCGUCUAUAAAUCAAUGGGGUGAUGGAUGAUAUGGGUCGAUGACAACGACAUUUUGGGCACGCAGCUUAUUCUGCACCGGAUGCCUACUGGAUAGUAACAUAAUUUCUUUGCA